GUCGAUAAAUUUAAUAUUUAUGCACUAUGCAGCUAUUCUUGUUUCAAAUAAAUUUGGUUGCUACCUAGUUAAAUUCGUUAUCUUUCGUUUAUAUAUCCAAAUUUGUCAAAGUUUAAACUUGGUAUUUUCGAAAUUUUUAAAUCACUGUAAGAACUACCUACGUGAAACUUUGUAUUACAUUUUUAAGCUUUCAGACCUAGCACAAUAAUUUUUACUAUUAAAAAUGUGUCUUAAAAAAAAACCACAUCAUUGUAACAUUAAUAUGAUUCUUCGCUCUCCUCAGAAUCUAAAAUAAAUAGAUUAUAGUUUUUAUAUCCCUGCGAUUAGAACACUGUAGCGUCAAUCGAGCGUGCAUUGAGCAAAGUGAUAUUAACAUCUAUAAAUAACAAUAGGUACCGUUAAAUAUAGUUCGUGUUGGCGUCGUAAUACACUUACUUUGUUCACCUGCCACCCUCAAAAAAAUAAAAUAUUAAAUAAUAUUUGAUCACGCCCAACGCAAUCCAAUCAAGGGAAAAUCGACGUAGGUGGUUCCAACUGGUGGUGCAGCUUAUUGCUGAGGUAAUAAAAUAUCUCACGUUCCUAGUCGGUCGACCUGAUUGGACUGCAAUAGUUUAACGGUCGCAAACAAUAAUUAUUAUUACAUAUCGUAUCGUUAUGUCAACAACGACAUAUUAAUAUUAUUAAUUUUCGUACCUAUUAUAUUAAUAUUUUAUGCUGCGGUAAUAAGUAAUAACCGUAAUCACUCGUCACGGUUGACCACCAUUACAACAUAUAAUAUACCUAAUCGGUGUAAAACAAUAUAUGUGUCAUGGUGGGGACGAGGGAGGUGCGCGGAAAGCCCGAGACGCCGCCGGCCUGCCGCCACGACCACCGUUGAGGUCAGUCACGGUUUGGCGUUAUGAACGCGUGCACGGCGGACGCCUUCGCACCACCGCCUCUGUCACCAUAUCGUCACCAUCGUUGCUACAAUAGUCGUCUGCGACCGUCUUCUUCACCGCGACGGAUCACCAGUAAGCGGCCGUCCAGGUUGGCGUACAGGCACUGCGGGCGUCGGUCACAAUGAUGGCCGCGGACGGCGGAGGGCUGAACGUGCCGUACGCCGUUCUCGAAGGCCUGGUGGCCGUCGGAGCGACCAUCGGCAACGGGCUGGUGAUUGUGGCCUUUCACAGGGAACGACGACUCCGCCGGCGCACCAACUACUACAUCGUGUCGCUGGCGGUCGCCGACCUGUUGGUCGGUCUGGUGGGCAUACCUUGCGCCGUGCUGUCCAGCGUCGGGCUGCCCCGUCACUUGCACCUGUGCAUGUUCUCCGUGUCGCUAAUAAUCGUCCUGUGCACCGUGUCCAUACUCAGCCUGGUGGCCGUGUCCGCCGACCGGUACUGGGCCAUACUUUACCCGAUGGCCUACUCCACGAACUCGAACACCAAAAUCGCAAUCAGCAUAAUAUGUAUCUGCUGGAUAAUGGGUCUGCUGAUAGGUUUCUUGCCACUAAUGGGCUGGAGAGCCGCCAAAGGUCCAACAUUGGACGCAUGCGAGUUCAGUCGCGUGAUGGAUUAUAACUACUUGGUGUUUUUAUACUUAGCGACUAUUAUUUUACCUGCGCUGUUUAUGGCCACCUCCUAUGCUCAUAUUUAUACAGUCGUAAUAAAACAAAUCAAACAAAUGACGCUGUUGAACGGCGGCCAACGCGGCGGCAACAGCCCGACGAAACUGCGUGUGCUGGGCGCGGCCCGGAAAAGCGAGGUGAAGGCCACGCAGAACCUGUCGAUAAUCGUCGCGUUCUUCGCCGUCUGCUGGAUGCCGCUGUACACCAUCAACUGCGUGCAGGCGUUCUGCGACGAGUGUCCCGUGCCUGCGUCCUUGAUGCACGGCUGCAUAGUCCUGUCACACCUCAACUCGGCCGGCAACCCGCUGCUGUACGCGUACCACCUAAAGGACUUCCGGAACGCGUUCAAGUCGCUGCUGCUGUGCAAGAAGAGCCCGCUGCACCGGAACCCCGCGCCGUCUCGGACGGGCUGCUGCACCACCGUGGCGGCAGUCACCGGCGGUGGCAGCGGAACCGCGGUCAACGGUAACGAUUGUUCCGGCAGCUCGUCGCUGACGUGUUCGGGCAGUUCGUCACUGUCGACCGUCGUCGACUGUUGGCGCCGGCCUGCCAAGAACGCUCGGCCUGCCGCCGACGCGGCAUGUACUGCUGCAGGGGACCCGCGGUCCCCCGUCGAACAGCAGGCCCCCCACGAGAUUGCUGCGUGGCCCGCCGACCCUGUCUACCGCGCCGGCGGCAGCUGCAACGCGAUCGCAAUAAUCGACCCGUCCGCGCCCGUGUUGCUGUCGGUCCGUCAGCUCGCCGAGUGAACACCUCGGCGUUUGCGUAUACAAUAGUAAUAAUAAUAAUAAUAUGUGACUAACGAUAAUAUUAGGGGAGAGUGGUCCACAUUGAGACGAAAAUUGGAUGAUUGUAUCACUCCAAAGAUAGGAGUACUAGACGAAUCAGGGAAUAACAGGGCUUAUUAUUGCGUACUAGAUAAUUAUUGAAAACUAUUUAAACCGUUCAAAAAAAUUGAUUUUUUUAAAAAGUAGAAAAUGUCUCAUUGUAGACCAUGCAUGGUAUAUAGUAUAUAGUAUUGCGCUAUAUACAUAUAUAUAUUUUUUUUUUUUUUUUAUUCAUGGUACAGCAUCAACUACUAGGUUAUUAGCUUGCAACAAAAUUGGUAGUUAGUACAUAAUAGAGUAUAGUUUUACAAUAAAUUCUUAAAUUAAAUUAUACAUGUUAAUUUGUUUUAAAAAUAUGAUUAUUUUGUUGGUGUUGUCAUGUGUAGGGCUGAGGGCUUCAAAGAGGUUGUCGGGCAUUUUUAGAUUUUUUCUGGUAUCUAUAUGGAUGCGGCAGUGGAUGAGGAGGUGUUUGACUGUGAGAAGUUCUCCACAGGUUAGGCACAUUGCUGGUUCUUCUCUGCGCAUAAGAUGACCAUGGGACAUCUUUGAGUGACCUAUACGUAAUCUAUUGAUAACUACUUCAUCUUUACGAUUUGAUGUAUGGGGUUUAGGCCAGUAUUCGGUAGUAUUUUUUAUUUCUCUCAGUUUGUUAUUGGGUGUACGACGCCAUUCAGAUUCCCAUAGAUUGGUACAAUAGGUGUUGACAUUUCUAUGGAUGUCGAUGAGUGAGGAGUACGUGCGUAUUUCAGUCAGAGGGUUAUUUACUGCUUCACGAGCUGCUUUGUCAGCUUUCUCGUUGCCAUCAAUUCCGCUGUGGCCAGGUGUCCAUAUGAACCGUAUGUUUUUGUUGGC